UCCAUUUCGCGCAUCGAGCGUCGACUUGUUUUGCGCAUUGUUUCCUCUUUUUUGAAUCACUGUCGGGGAGAGGAUGGGGAAGAAUUUCCAUUCACUGAUAACAGCUGUUUCGUCUGAAGGCUGACUGAGUGAUGGAAUAGUGAUGCCUAAUCGGUGGGGAAAUAUGGUUCCUCUACUCAGCCUCCCUCUUCUUUUUUAUUUUAUUUGCUUUUUCCUCCUCUGUUUCCCUUCAAUUCAUGCCCAAUUCCUGCCAGAACUCAGACCAGGACAAGGCCUGCUGCUCUUCACCCAGCCUGCCUAUAAUGCCUCCAUCUUUGAGAACUCUGCUGCAAGAACCUACACCACAAAUGAGGUCAAAAUGGGCAUCAUUCUUGGGCCACCACGAUCUUUAGACAUAAAAUAUUCCAUUGAGUCUGGAGACAGUGAGGGACUCUUCCAGGCUGAAGAGUUUGUAAUGGGAGAUUUUUGUUUCCUUCGUAUACGCACUAAUGGAGGCAGUGGUGCUACAUUGAAUCGGGAAGUACAGGAUAAUUACACACUAACAGUUAAGGCAUCUGCCCAAGGAGGCCUAGAAGCCUUAGCCACUGUAUAUAUCAAGGUCUUAGACACCAAUGAUCUCCGACCUCUCUUCUCACCAACCUCCUAUUCAUUCAUUGUUUCUGAGAGUGCCCCUCUGGGUGCCAGCAUAGGACGCGUGACAGCCACAGAUGCAGACAUGGGCUCCAAUGGGGAGUUCUACUACUUCUUCAACAACAGAGUUGAACUCUUCGCUGUUCAUCCGACCAGCGGGGUCAUCACCCUGACGGGCCGGCCCAGGAUGGACAAACAAGACAGGUUUGAGCUGGAGGUUCAGGUGGUCGACAGAGGGAUGAAACUCUAUGGGAACACUGGUAUCAGCAGCACUGCCAGGCUGCUCCUAACUGUGAAACGGGUCAAUCAUUUUGCUCCUGUUCUCAGUGCAGUUGCUGUCGUUCCAUCGUGGGUGGACAAGGACUCAGUCUAUGCCAUAGUGACUGUGGAGGACAAAGAUGAGGGGGUAUCUGGAGAUAUAGAGUGGGUGUCCAUCAUUGAGGGUGACCCCUAUGAACAGUUUGUGAUUGAUCGAUCGCCUGUUGGGAAUGAGUAUAGAGUUAAAACAUCAGAAUUGGUCGACUGGGAUGUAUUUCCUUAUAGCUGCAACUUAACCUUUCAGGCUAAAGACAGGGGGGCACCGCCUAAGUUUUCAAAUACCCAAGUUGUUCAGUUGUUGGUUGCAAAGCCAGACCCAGUGCUGGCGAAUUUCGAGAAAGAUAUUUAUGUAUUUAAGCUGAGUGAAAUAGCUCCCCCAGGCACUAUUGUAGAGGUGGUGAAAAUCUCCCCAGCUCCUCUGAGUGUCAAUUACAGCUUCAGCAGCCUCUCAGAUCCAAUGUACUUUGAUAUAAACCCUUUGACUGGAGUUAUUAUGACCACAAGGCAGCUGACAGGGAUAUCACAGGAUUUCAUGGAGAUGGAAGUGGUUGAUAUUAUUAGUCAGCAGCGGGCAAGGAUCCAAAUCACUAUAGAGGAUGCUAAUGACAACUCUCCAGUGUUCAACAGGCCAUUAUAUGAUAUUGCAAUCAACGAGAGCUUACCUGUAGACACUGUUGUUCUUGUAGUGUCUGCUGUGGAUGAUGAUAAAGGAGAGAAUGGAUUUAUCACCCACACUAUAAGUGGUGAAGAGUCUCUUCCCUUUACCAUAGAACAAGACACAGGGGAGAUAAGGAUCACAAGAGACCUGGACUUUGAGUCAUCCGAUGAUACCUAUACUUUUGCAGUGAGGGCCUCUGACUGGGGCUCACCCUACAGAAGAGAGACUGAAGUUAAUGUCACCAUUCGUUUGAUAAAUGUCAAUGACAACCAGCCUCUUUUUGAAAUGGUUUCUUGCAGGGGGAUGAUAAGCCGUGAUUUCCCUGUCAGCCAGACUAUUGUGACUUUGUCAGCUGUGGACAUAGAUGAAUUAGGAAUGGUGAGGUACAAGAUACUGUCUGGCAAUGAGUUAGACUAUUUUAACCUAAAUCCAGACUCUGGUGCUUUGUCAUUAAAAAGAUCGUUAGCAGUGGCUAAUUUAAAAAGUGGGGUGUUCAACCUGAAAAUAGUUGCUACAGAUGGAGAGCUGUUCUCUGAUCCUACAUUUGUGAAUGUCUCUGUAGUGAGGGGUAGGAUGCCACCCAGGGGUUUCAACUGCAAGGAGACCAGGGUGGCCCAGCUGUUGGCAGAAAAAAUGCUUUCAAAAGCAUCCUCUAUGGCCAGACCAAGACCAGAUGAGAGCUUUACUGACCUUUUCUCUAUGAAUAAACAGGCUCCACAAUUUGAAGCCUUGCCCACCAGUAUUCUAGUGAGAGAAGACCUCGUUCCUGGUGCAAGUGUAUUUCAGGUGCGUGCACGGGAUGGUGACACAGGUUUCAAUGGCUAUAUUCUCUUUUCCAUAUCUGAUGGGAACAAAGAAAAUUGCUUCAAUAUCAACAUGGAGACUGGGUUGAUAACAGUAUUGCAGCCGCUGGACCGUGAGAGAUUGGAUCGUUACUUCCUUAAUGUCACCAUCUACGAUCAGGGCGUUCCUCAGAUGUCCAAUUGGAGACUACUGACUGUGAUCAUUGAGGAUGCAAAUGACAAUGACCCCAAGUUUUAUCAGGACAGCUUCUCUGCUCUUGUUUCAGAGAACUCUGUCAUUGGUAUGGAAGUUAUUACCAUCACUGCAUUUGACAGAGACAUAGGUCAAAAUGGACAGCUCUCCUACAUAAUGCUUACCAGUGUCCCUCAGUUUGGUAUAGACAGUGAAACAGGAAGUGUAUUUAUUGCUAGCCACCUGGACAGAGAAACCAUCCCAAUGUUCACAUUGAAGAUUGAAGUGAGAGACAAGGCUGAAAGAGGCACUCGAAGGUCAUCGGUUACUACUCUAAGUGUAAUCGUGGAUGAUGUCAAUGAUUGCGCCCCGGCUUUCAUUCCUAGCAGCUAUAGUGCUCAAGUACUUGAGGACCUCCCUCCGGGGGCUGUGAUUACCUGGGUGCAAGCUCAGGACCCAGACAUUGGUCCUGGUGGACAGAUCCGAUACUCCUUGAUUAAUGACUUCAAUGGCACUUUUGAGGUCAAUGCAGUGAGUGGAGUGUUGAGGAUUAGGAAGGAGCUCGACUUUGAGAAACAACAGUUUUAUAACCUGACAUUACUUGCUGAGGACAGAGGAGUACCAAGCCUUAUCAGCCAGACGUUUGUCGAGGUAGAGGUGGUGGACGUCAAUGAGAAUUUGUAUGCACCCUACUUCCCUGACUUUGCUGUGAGAGGCUCAGUGAAGGAGAACUCUCGUUCAGGCACAAGUGUCCUGACAGUCAGCGCUAAGGACGACGACAAGGGACGAGAUGGCGCGUUGAAGUACUCUGUCAGAGGAGGCAGCGGACUGGGCACUUUCACCAUUGACGAAGACACAGGGGUGAUUUACACUGCUGGUAUCCUGGAUUGUGAGACCAAAGACUCCUAUUGGCUUACAGUCUAUGCCACAGACAAAGGGGUUACACCUCUGUCAGCCUCUAUUGAUGUCUUCAUUCAGGUAGAAGAUGUCAAUGAUAAUGCCCCCCUCACAUCAGAUCCUAUCUACCACCCAGUCGUCAUGGAGAACUCUCCGAAGGAUGUGUCAGUCAUCCGUAUCCAGGCGCAGGACCCUGACCUCACUGCCACACCCAGUCGUCUGAGUUAUCGCAUCACUGCAGGCAACCCGCAGAAUUUCUUCACUAUCAACCCCAAAACAGGGCUAAUCACAACAACUGCGAGGAAACUGGACAGAGAACAACAGGCUGAGCAUCUACUGGAGGUAACAGUUAUAGAUGGCCCUGUGACGACCCGCCAGUCAACCGUGUGGGUCAUAGUUCACAUCGAUGACGAGAACGACAACCCGCCCACUUUCCCCGAGGUCACCUACCGCAUCAGCUUGACUGAACGAGACCGCAACAAACGUGGGGAACCGGUCUACCGCGUCUUUGCUUAUGACCGGGACCUCGGAGCCAAUGGCAACAUCACCUACAGCAUUGUCGACGGUAAUGAGGAUGAAAAGUUCAGCAUUGACCCCAGGACUGCUAUGGUGUCCUCAAAGAAGAUGGUUACAGCGGGAAGCUAUGAUGUUCUCACUAUAAAAGCGGAAGACGGCGGUGAUACCCCAUUAUGGGCGACUGUCAAGCUUCAUGUGGAGUGGAUUCGCAAACCCGUUCCCUCGCCUCUGCCCCUACUAUUCACCCAGAGGUACUACAAUUUCUCUAUUUCGGAGACAGCUGCAGUAGCUCAGCCGGUGGGAGUAGUCGCUGUCAGCCAGUCAAGCACACCUGUCUGGUUUAAUAUCAUCGGGAGCUUUGACAUGCAGUUUGACCUUCAAGUGGGUGUGGGGACUCUGGUUGUGGCCAAGCCUCUGGAUGCAGAGCUGCAGUCUGUGUACAACAUGACUAUACAGGUGACAGAUGGGACCAACUUUGCCACAGCACAGGUGUUUAUCCGAAUACAAGACAGCAAUGACAACCCUCCAGUCUUCUCACAGCCAGCCUAUGAUGUCAGCAUCUCAGAGGACGUGCCCGUUGACAUGGAGCUCCUGCGGGUUAGGGCGUCAGACAUGGACGAGCGUGCCCGUUUGAGCUACUCCAUCUAUGGCAGCGUAGACCCCGCCAGUAUGAGACUGUUCCGGGUCAGUCCUGGGACGGGCGUUGUCUACACUGCGGACAGAUUGGACUACGAGGCCAGAACGCAGCAUAUCCUCACUAUCAUGGUCAAGGAUCAGGAGUUUCCGUUUAACCGUGACCUGGCUCGUAUCCUGGUGGCAGUGGAGGACUCCAAUGAUAACAUCCCCUACUUUACCAGCACCGUAUAUGAUGCUGUAGCCUACGAAUCUUCUCCCAUAGGCACUUCUGUAAUACAAGUGACAGCCUUAGACAAAGACAACGGGAUUAACGGGCAACUCACCUAUACACUAGAAGCAGGUAACACGGGCAGUGUGUUUGGCGUUGAUAAUGCCACAGGCCUUAUCUUCAUUGCCCGGGACCUGGACCUCACCUCUGUGGGCUUUUACACCCUCACUGUGCGUGUCACAGACAGUGGCUUUCCUCCAUUAAUGGCCACAGCUUCAGUUCACAUCUCCUUGAUACUCUCUGACUUAUCCAACCCCAAAUUCUCUCAGAAGGAGUAUCAGGCUGAGAUCAUGGAGAACAGCACUAUUGGAACACAUGUCACCACUGUUAGCGCCCUCAGCCGUUCAGCACUCACUUAUGACAUCACCCAGGGCAACGAGGACCACUGCUUCUUCAUCAACCAUCACACUGGUGUGAUAAGCACACGCAGACUACUUGACUUUGAGCAAACAACGUCUUACUUUCUGGUGGUGCAUGCCCUGAGCAUGGCCGGAGUGGAGGCCAGCACCACUGUCAUCGUCCAGGUGGGGGAUGUCAAUGAUAACCCACCUGUCUUCCAACAAAUCAGGUAUGUGGGCGCAAUCAGCGAGGCUGCUCCCGUUAACAGCGUGGUCCUGGGAGAGGACGGUAACCCUCUAGUCAUCCAGGCGACCGAUAAGGACCGCAAUCACAAUGCCCUGUUAGUGUUCCAGAUCCUAGAUGAGACUGCUCGUAUGUUUUUCAGCGUGGACUCCGGGACUGGAUCAAUUCGAACGAUUGCGAGUCUGGACUAUGAGACCUUCUCUGAAUUCAACUUCCGCGUGCACGUUAGAGACAGUGGUCAGCCUCCUAGGAGUGCUGACAGGCCCGCUGAGGUUGUUAUAAAGGUGAUCAACAUCAAUGACUCACCUCCAAAGUUAUCGCAGGACACUUACGAGACAGUGCUCCUCCUGCCAACGUACGCGGGAGUCGAGGUCCUCCGCAUUGAGGCUUUUGACCCUGAUAUGACCACUGACCGCAUUCUGAACCCCGACAAGUCCAACACCCGCCAGCUGGUUUACUCUCUGGUGGACAAAAAUGUGGAGUACUUCUCUGUGGAGCGUUACACCGGAGUUGUGACUGUCGUCAAUCAGAGCCUCAAUAAAGACCGUUACCGCUUUAAUGUGAAGGUAUGGGAUGGACGUUUUUCCAGCAUGGCAUCAGUCACCGUAGUCGUCCGUGAAGCUAUGGACAACGGCCUUCAGUUCACCUUCCCCGUCUACUCCGCUUCCAUCCCAGAAAACAUACCCAAUGUUACGUUAGUGACUGUUGUCAACACUGUGGGCCACCGCCUCAAUGAGCCGCUGAAGUACACUCUGCUGAACCCCAGUGGACGCUUCACGAUCCGGCCCACCUGCGGAGUGGUGCUCACCACCGGUGUGCCUUUUGACCGAGAAGAGAGAAACAGUUACGAGCUGGUGGUGGAGGUGAGCAGAGAAGAUGAGAUCCUGAGGGUGGCCAGAGUGACUGUUCAAGUUCAGGUGGAGGAUGUGAAUGACAAUGCCCCAGAGUUUGUCAACCUUCCCUACUACGCUGCAGUACAGGUGGAAGCAGAGCCAGGAUCAGCUAUUUUCAGGGUCUCGGCCAUAGACCAAGACAGCAAACUGAAUGGAGAAGUGACUUACAGCCUCAAGCAGCAGCACAGGAACUUUCAACUGAACUCUGUGACUGGAGAGCUGACAUUAAAGAGGGCCUUUGAGGCCGACUUAUCUAAUGCAGAGUACAAGCUGGUCCUUGUGGCCACAGACAGCGGCUUCCCCCCUCUGUCCAGUGAGGUGGAGCUGCCUGUUACUGUAGUAAAUAAAGCCAUGCCGGUGUUUGACAAACCCUUCUACGGCGUCACUGUCAGAGAGGAUGUAGCUGUUUCCACUUCUGUCCUGUGCAUCAAUGCCACCAGUCCCGAAGGACAGAACAUAAUUUUCACCAUAACGGACGGAGACCCUUCCUUCCAGUUUGACAUUGGCUUUGACACCGGAAUCAUCAGCGUGAUUUACCCGUUAGACUACGAGACCAUGCAGUACUACCGGUUGACGGUGAAGGCUACAGAUACACUGACGGGGGCAAAGUCUGAGGUUGAUGUAGACAUCGUUGUGCUGGAUGUGAAUGAUAACUCGCCACUCUUCCAGAACACGUCAUACUCGUCUGUGCUCGCUGAGAACUCCAUGAUUGGAACCACUGUGUUACAGGUGUUUGCUCAGGACCAAGACUCAGAGAAGAAUGCUGUUGUGCGUUACCAGAUCGUAUCUGACAUCUACAACAGCACAGACUAUUUCCACAUUGACAGUAACAGUGGAGUGGUAUUCCUGGCACGCCUGCUUGACUAUGAGCUCAUCCAACGCUACAACUUCAUUGUCAGAGCGACAGACAGCGGAGACCCUGCCCUCAACAGUGACGUUAGCGUCACGGCGACUGUUACUGACACAAACGACAAUCCACCUAAUUUCAGCCAAGCGCUUUACGAGGCCUUUGUCAGCGAGCUGGCUCCGCGAGGACACUUUGUGACUUGCGUUCAGGCGUCAGAUGCUGACAUCUGUGAUGCUCAAAGGCUGAGGUAUAGCAUCCUCUCUGGAAAUGAGAGAAUGACUUUUAUGAUGGAGCCAGAUACAGGGGUCCUCAGUCUGUCUAACAAGAGGCGACAAGGCAUGAAACUCUCGUAUCAUCUCAAUGUGUCCGUGUCAGAUGGAGUCUUCACCAACACUGCUCAGGUGAUUGUACGUGUGCUGGGAGCUAACCUGUACAGCCCAGUGUUCAGCCAGCGGUUCUACCUGGCUGAAGUCCAAGAAAACGCCCCUUCUGGGUCAAAGGUCAUUCAAGUUCAUGCAACAGAUGAAGACUCUGGGCUGUUUGGUCAGAUCACCUACUCCUUCGUCAACGACCUGGGCAAAACUCAGUUUUCCAUUGAUGCAAAUGGAGUCAUAUCCACUAUUGAGAAAUUAGACAGAGAAAAUCCUGUUAACAAGGACAUGGUGCUGACCGUUAUGGCCCUGGAUGGUGGAGGCCGUGCAUCUUUUUGCACAGUGCGAGUGGUUCUUGCUGAUGAGAAUGACAACGCCCCUCGUUUCAGAGCUGUGGAGUAUCGCAUGAGCAUUAAAGCAAAUGUUGCCAAAGGUUCUCUGGUCACGCAGAUCCAAGCCACUGACCCAGACGCCGGGUCUAAUGGGAGGAUCACCUACUCCCUUUACAGCGAGGCUCGUCUGUCACUGGUUGAUGUGCUGGAGGUGGAGCCAGACAGUGGUUGGAUGAUGACUAAAAGCGCUGUGGACCACCUCCAGGGGACUGUGCUGUCCUUCUUUGUCAAAGCCACAGACUGCGGCUCUCCGGCCAAACACUCGCUGGUGUCAGCCUUCAUCCAUGUCGUCCCGCCAGAUGCAUUCGUUCCCUCCUUCACUCAGCCUCAGUACUCCUUCACCAUCCCUGAGGACACAGCAGUGGGAACAGCCCUGGGGUCUGUGUACAUGGGCCCCGGGCAGACUGGAUUCUUCACUGUAGUCGGGGGAGAGACAUUUGACAGCAACAUGGGAGGGAGCUUCCUGGUGGAGAGGGAAACAGGUCUGAUCCGUCUCAUUAAGCCGCUAGACUAUGAAGAGGUCAGCAUCUACCGCUUCAAGGUUGCAGCAACAACGAGAAGAGACCUGAUCGAGUCCGUCUCCACUGUGGACCUGGAGGUUAAGAUCCUAGAUGUGAACGACAACAAACCAGUGUUUGAGACUAACACCUACGUAGCCACGGUGAUGGAGGGGAUGCCAGUAGGGACAAGAGUUAUCCAAGUGCGGGCACUCGAUCCAGACUGGGGCGCUAAUGGACAGGUAACCUACAGGCUCGGAUCUCUGCUCACCUACAACCUGGACUUGACAAAAGAUGCCGGUUCCUUUGGUGACCUCAUCACCACGAGUUCCGUCUUUGCUAUCGACAGUAAAACAGGCUGGAUCACCACAGUGAGUCAAAUGGACCACGAGGCCUGCUCCAGCUACAGUUUUGAAGUGGUGGCCUCCGAUCUGGGUGAGGUGCAGUCUCUCUCCUCCACCACGGCGGUGACCAUCACUGUGUCAGACGUUAACGACAACCCGCCUCAGUUUGAGAGGGAGCUGUACCGGGGUGCAGUAAAGGAGAGCGAUCCCCUCGGCGAAGUGGUAGCUGUUCUAAAGACCAAAGAUCGAGACGGCACGGAUCAAAACCGCCUCGUCAGCUUCUACAUCACUGGGGGAAACCCACGGGGAGUGUUUGGCUUAGCCCUCGUGCAGGGAGAGUGGAAGGUUUAUGUGAGCGGUCUGCUGGAUCGUGAGCAGCAGGACUGGUAUCUGCUCAACAUCACAGCCAGUGAUGGAUUGUAUGUGGCUCGUACCGCGGUGGAAGUCACCGUCAUGGAUGCCAAUGACAACAGUCCCGUCUGCAACCAGGCGGUCUAUAGUGCCUCUUUUCCUGAGGACAUUCCCACUAACAAGGGCAUCCUGACAGUGGGCGCAACAGAUGCUGAUUCUGGCUCCAGUGCUGAGAUCCAGUAUUCAUUGUUUGGCAUCGGGGUGGAAGAUUUCUACAUGGAUGCAAACACCGGUGAGCUCCGUACGGCCACUGUGAUCGACCGAGAAAUGACAUCCAGCUACAAACUCAUCACCCAGGCGACUGAUGGAGGAGGACUGUUCUGCCGCUCUGAAAUUUCUCUCAAAGUGUUGGAUGUGAAUGAUAAUCCACCCUCUUUCUCCUCUAAUCAUUACCUGGCUAGUGUGUAUGAGAACGCCGCCCCCAAGGCAUUGCUUACCCGACUGCAAGCCAGUGACCCUGAUGAAGGUCUUAACCGUACCGUGGUGUAUUCUCUGGUGGAUGAAGUCAGCGGGUUCUUCUCCAUUGACCCGGUAUCCGGGAUGGUAAUUCUGGAAAAAUCUCUGGACAGAGAGAGUCGAGAUUCCUAUAACGUUCGUGUCCAGGCCGCUGACCAGGCAGGGCAACAGGGGGCACUGUCAACUCAGGUUGAUUUGACCAUUUUGGUGCUGGAUGUGAAUGACAACGCUCCAGUCUUCCAGAGGAGGGAUUAUGCUGUCACAGUCCCCGAGGAUGUAGCCGUGGGAACUGAGGUGCUGCGCGUGUUGGCGACGAGUGCUGACAUCGGACCUAAUGCUGAGAUCACCUAUCACAUCCGGUCAGGCAAUGAGUUAGGAAAGUUCAUCAUAGACAGAAACCUGGGCUCUAUUUCUGUGGCUGAUGAUUUGGACUUUGAGGUGUGUAAGGACUACUAUCUCACCAUUGAGGCCUGGGACAGUGGGAACCCUCCUCUCAGCACUGCUACUAUGGUAAUCAUUGAACUCAUGGACGUCAAUGACAAUGCUCCAGCCUUCAGUCAGGACAUCUACAAUGUUCUGGUCAGCGAGGAUGCGUCUGUUGGGCAGACAAUAACAAGGGUACUGGCAGAAGAUUCGGACAGCCAGGUGAACGGACGAAUUACCUACUCGAUCCUCAGAGGUGAUCGGAGCAACCACUUCUGGAUUGACCCUGUAACAGGACUGCUCAAGGUCAAUAAGCGGCUUGACAGAGAACUAGUGUCCAGGUACUCUUUGUCAGUGCAGGCGUUCGACAGUGGCUCUCCUGCCAUGUCCUCCACCGUCACCCUUAACAUCGACAUCUCCGACGUUAACGACAACCCUCCCGUCUUCACCCCUCCCAACUCCACAGCCAUCAUACAGCUAAACCAAGCUGCUGGUGUCACACUGCUGAAGCUGUCAGUCAGCGAUAAAGACACCUCUAGAAAUGGCCCUCCCUUUGAGUUUCGCAUUGUGUCAGGAAAUGAGGGAAAUUUUUUCUCCCUGGACCAGAGUGGAACUCUGAGGUCCAACCGUGUGUUCGGCCCUGAAGCCCCCAGAGAAUUCACCCUUGAAAUCCAGGCACGUGACUCCGGUAAGCCAAGUCUUACCUCUUCCACCUGGAUAUUUCUAAGGGUCAUUGGGAACAGUCAGUACAAACCCUCCGUCUCCCCCCUGGAAAUCUUCAUCGUCAUGGUAACAGAUACCUUCCAGGGCGGCCCGAUAGGUCAGAUCUAUGCAACCGACCGGGACGCCAACGAUGUGCUGUCGUUUACCCAGAAGCUUCAGCCCAAGACCAUGUUUAGGAUAAACAGACAGGACGGCAGCAUUGUGGCUCUGUCAGGCCUGGAACCUGGCAGAUACCAGAUGAAUGCCACAGUGAGCGACGGACGUUUCGCUGUGAUAGCUGAUGUGUCGGUCCAGGUCGAACAGGUGACAGAUGUGCUGCUGCGGAGUGCCAUCACCUUACGUUUCAGUUCCCUGUCUCCAGAAGACCUGCUUGGUCGUUACCUAAGCCAAAUCAAACUAACGUUACGGGGACUAGCCGGCUGGAAAUGGUCGCCAGGACAACAGGAUCCUCUCCAUGUGCUGAGUGUACAGCCGGUCAUGGGGUCAUCUGACGUGGACUUGCUUUUGGCCAUGGAGAGGCCAGAGACAUCGGGCAAUGGACGGAUGGCUGGGUUCUACUCCGGGGAAGAGUUGUCUGCAAAGCUGGAGGAAGCAACAGAGCGAGGCCAGAUUCGCGGUGUCCUAGCUGGGGCUGUGGUGGUGAGCAGCGCUUGUUCUGGGGAUCUCGAGUGCGGCGACAGGGUGUGUGAACAGAUAUUAGUAAUGGAAGGUGGCUCAUCUGUCACCUACAGCACAGAGAGGGUCAGCCUGGUGUCACCAAGGUUCAGGCCUACAGAGAUCUGCACUUGCCCUGGAGGGACAUGUCCCACUCCUGUGGAACUGUGUGAAGGUCAGUCCUGUCCAGCAGACAUGCAGUGUGUCCGUUCUGGUCCUACAGCGCCAUCUGUCUGCCAGUGUCAGCCUGAGCAACUAGACGAGUGUGCAGGACAAACCUCUCUGAGCUUCUCUGGAAACAGUUACAUCAAGUACAGAGUGACAGAGAGUGGUCAGAGUGGAGAGAUGAGGCUUGGCUUGAGAAUCAGAACACUUCAGAGAAGAGGGGUCAUUAUGUUCACACGUGUUAAUCCCUGUACCAUGCUCAAGAUUGAAGGAGGUCGACUCUGGUUCCAGUUGGACUGUGACAACACCCUCGGCAUUAUGGGUAUCUCUGGCAGACCAAUAAAUGACGGCCUCUGGCAUGCUGUUGCCUUGGAGCUGACUAAGAACUAUACCCUACUGUCAUUAGAUGACAGCUAUGUGGAGCGUCGCCGAGCAGCCCGUGCCCCUGUUCGACUUUGGCCUCUGGCCCCAGAUUCAUCCUUCUUCUUCGGGGCCCAAGUCAGGCCACCGAACGGGCAAGGACUAGGGGACCGUAGCGUGAGGGCCCCCCCGAGAGCUCAGGAUGGCUUCCAGGGCUGCCUGGGCUCACUGAUGCUGAACGGUAACGAGCUGCCACUCCAGAAUAAGAGGAGCCGUUACGCUGAGAUAGCCGGGCUGAGUGAGGUCAAGUUGGGCUGUGUGCUUUAUCCAGAUCCAUGCGUCAGUCAGCCCUGCCUCAACGGAGCCAUCUGCAGCAGCCUGCCCUCUGGAGGCUUCAUGUGCAGUUGCAGCGCUGGCUUCAGUGGGGGGCGCUGUGAAAUUGAAUUGACAUCCUGCAUGCCAAACCCAUGCCAGAACGGUGGAGACUGCGAGCCUGUAGGCACUGCAUUCGUCUGUGGCUGUCCUACAGGACUCGAGGGACUUAUAUGUGAUGAGGAUGUGAAUGAGUGCGACCAGGACGAGUGCGGAAACGGAGGAGAGUGUGUCAACACAUUCGGGUCGUUCUACUGUAACUGCUCCGAGGGAUACGAGGGUCAGUUCUGCGACGAUCAGCCGCCUGGUGAUGUGGGGGACGACACGCAGGCGGAGCCCCUGUCUUACGUUGGACCAGGAGAGAUAAUUGGCAUCGGAGUCCUUGCUUUUGUCAUCAUCUUCCUCCUCAUACUCUUCAUCGCCUUUAGAAAGAAAAUCAAAUUUAGGAAAGACUCAGACCCGGGCCCGGGGACUCAGGCUGUGAUGGGUGUGUCAGCUAUUUCCACAGAAACCAGCUACAUGUUGCACAGAACUGGCAUGGGGGCAGAGGGGAUUGAGUUCAAAGCGGUUCGCGUGACAGGGUCGCCGGGGACGACGAGCACCUACGGUGAGGUGGGAGGGUGCACCGGGGGUCCUCCCCAGGUCAUGGUACGUCCAACUGCCCACUCCCCUCUACCAGGAGGACUCAGCAACCAGGGCAUGAGGAACGGGGAUGGUGACAAGACGACAUCCAGCGAGGGCAGUCAGUUCAGCAGCUUCCUCUCAGACAUGUCCAAUGUCCGAGCUGUGGCCAAUAGGAGGGGGAUCGCAGUGUGCAGCGUGGCACCCAAUCUCCCUUCGGCAUCUGCCUGCCUCUCCGAGCACAGUCCGGCCCACAAAGUGUCCUGGGAGGGUGAGGAAACGAGAGAGGAAGGGCUGGAGAGGAUGAGAGAUGAGAGAGAGGAGGAAUGGGGCCAGAGAGCUUUUGAACUGGAGAGAACACAGAGAGAUAACAGUCCACAGGGUGUGUCAGUGUUGGUGGACGAGAUGGCACGUCUCUCAGACUCCACCUCUGAGGAACGCUCCCUCAGUUCCUACACUUCUGAGUCCUUCGAUGACAACGCCUCCAUAGUGACGGUCAUACGUCUCGUCAAUGAUGCCGUUGAUAAUAUUGAAAGUGAAGUGUCGAACAUGGACAAAGAACAGCGGCGGAACAGCCCUGCAUACCGCUGGGAGCCUUCCAGUCAGACUACCAGCUGGUUGUCACCGUCGCGUCUGCGUCUUCCAGACGUGGGAUCCCAUUAUGACCUCACCGACACCCAGCAGAACAUCAGACGAGGAGGCAGCACGCGGUCUCUCCAGCUGGACUACAAAGUGAUGGGUUACGGUGACAGGGGCCAAGAACGAGGACAGGAGACCGAGAAGAGGACCUUCCAAUGGGAGAGGAAUCAGUCGGGCGAGUGGGAGAGGAAACCCAUCCUGGACAGAGAAGAGAAGAGACGGUGCGACGGGGAAGGGAAGAACACAGGCAGCAGGAGCAGGGACAUGGGUGUGCGCCAGGACCACAGAGAGCGUCAGCAGUUGCACGGCCAUGACAGUUGUGAAGACACCUCCUCGCCUGUUUACGAGGAAUACCGAGAGUCCGGCCACGACACAGAGCAAAAUGAAGACACAGAGAGCAUUUAUGACACUCUGCCACCAACCCGAUCAGCCUAUGAAGGGUACCCGUCAAGCCCCCCAGGCGUUAACCUGCACCCGGCUCAACUCCUGCCCCCCCUCAGGGCGUGGGACUUACAGACAGGGGAGUGGAGGGAAUCGCAGGAGGGUCGCGGGGGGGUUGGAUCCAGCGGUCUGGCAGGUUCUGGGGACGAGUUAGAGAGACUACUGAACCUGGUGUCUCUCAGAGCCAGGAGAGCCACACGAAUAAACAGAGCCUCCACCAGAUCUGAACCCACAACAGACUGGGAUGAAUUUAAAUGAGCACACAAGACUGUUAACCAACAGAUUUAAUAUUCCUUUAUAAAUUCAAGAGAGGCAGUGACCCUCUUUGAUUAAACUUGACAUUUAUAAUACCACGCCGUUGGUCCACCAUCUAAAAAUAAUUAAAGGAGAAUAUUACCAUAUAUAUAUUUGAAUUAUUAUCCUGCUGUAAGCGAACACUAAUCCACCGCCAAUCCCCUGGCUCAUUGAUAAGCUGGAGAAUAUAUGUGUUCUCUGUGGACGCCUUCACCUGUGCUGCAUGAGCGUGAACUGAGAUUGGCUGUGAAUCAAUGCUACUACAUUUAUUAUGAAUAGAGCCACUGGAGCACAGCAUUUAUUAACAUGGAAAUAUAAAAGGAGCCAGGCUGUCUCUGUUUUCGACCAAUGUAUAAACAUAUGUUAUGACGUGUUUCAUACAAUGUUGUGUUGAAUCACACACAUACAGACACGCACACACCAUAAUUCUGUUAGCUCAACCAUGUAAUGCAUUUCUUUUGUUUAUCGACACACGCUCGGGGGUUGUUUUGGAGAGAACACACGUCCCAGACAUUGCCUCAGAGAUGCUAUUAAGAUAACCAUUAGUUUAUACCAGAUCUUUAUUUAAUCAAAAUUCUACAUUUUUCUAGGAGUAUUUAUUUAUUUAUUUAUUAAUCAUUACACAAUUCAUUCAUUCGUAUCUGACUCAUACAACUAUGAGGAACUGCACUGCAGAUUACACUACAUAUGUCUUUAUUCUACUGCGUUGCAGUUCAACAAUAGUUUUGUCCUCUCAGUGUACAUUGUGUACUUUGUAUAUAUUACCAAAGCAGUGCUUCAGAUGGACUUGAACUCACUUUACACCCAGCAACAUGUGAUGAAUGAAUUUUGAGGCUUUAUCUGCUGAAACACACCGAGAAUAAUGUGCAAACACAGCCGUGAAGUACGGAACCACUCACCAAGGACAUGUACACAUGAUUACCUCAUUGAUAACACAAUGUAGAUGCUGCCGUGUCACCACUUCACACACACACAAAGGGAAUGGCAUUAAACUCAAAUGUUAAAUGAAACACAGGUGGUACAGUAGGUAACUGAGAGUAUUUAAGGAUUAUGGAAUGUGAACAAGCCACACUACAGGUCUGCUGUAGAAUACAGAACACAAGAAUCUACGUACAAAUGGAAACAAAUCCACUAACUGGCCUUCAUCUCACAUUUACAGUUUAUCCUCUAGUAAACAUGACUCCUUCUGUUAAAUGUGAAAUGGAAAUAAAUGCCCUGUGGUGCAGAGGAAGACAUGCAUGUGUUCCUCAAGGAUGUAAAGAACAACAAACAAUCUACAUAGCAAAACCAUUUUGGAUCCAAGGACAGAGGAGAUGUUACUGUCCACAUCAGACAGUAUGUACUGCACGGUCUCAAUGAAGGUGAAACAAUGUGGCUUUUUAAGAAAGACAGCACCUAAAACUUUCUUAGAAUUUAAGGUCACGCUGUUAAAAAAGAUUCAAAUGGAUUCCAAAGAAUUCAAACAAACAAAUGGCAUUAAAAGCUAUUUUAUGUUUUGUUAGCCUUUGUUGUGAAGUGAAAAAUCUUCUUGCUGCAGUGAAAUGAAAUGGAUUGAUUUGUGUGUAUGUAUAACAAUCAUUAAUAAGUGAUAAAUUAAUAGUUAAUUAAAGUCAAAGUUAGUUAUUUUACUGAAAGACGACAGUGAAAUGACGAUGUCAAAACCAGCCACAUAUUUUAAUGUUAACACAUAAAUCUGAUGUCAGCUAUGUCCAUCUUAUGCACACCCCUUCAA